AGCGAGCCUCAUUAUUUUUUGGCACCCAGACCACAGCCCAGACCCCCCUCGACCAUACACUUACUUUUUAUUCACCGAUACAUCUUGAGCGCUUCCAUGGGCUAGAGUUCUAUCUACAUUAAAGCCUUCAGUGCCCCCAAGGACGAUAGUUUGCGUCCUUCGACGCCGCUGAACCCACGAUGGCCGAAGACGACACGCAAGCAACGCUGGCCCCCCCUUCCCCUCCAAGCCAGGCCAUCGAAGACCCCGGCGCCCACGAGCUGGAAUCCUCCGACUCCGACGACCACUUCUCCGAUGCCCGUAGCGACCGCGCGGCCUACUCCCGCACCGCAUCCCCCAUCCCCACGACCCGGGUGGAGCGAGUCGACCACGAAGCCAGCUACGGCGAAGUCCCCGGGACAGCAGCCUACGACCAGCGCUCUGAGGACGCCCGACCCGACGAAGUCGCCUUCGUCGAAAAGAAAUCCUCCUCUGCCACCGACCCAGUCCCUCGUCUUCUGACGCCCAUCCCACAGACGGUGCUCGAAGAGGCCCCCCCUUCCCCCAUCCGGGGCCACGCCCACAAGCCCAGCACGCCCAAGGUCUACCCCGCCGACGCCCAGCCCGACCGCAUCAUCCACACCCCGGAUUCUGGGGCUACUUCAGCAGAGGAGGAGGGAGGAGACGUCUCAGGUACGCGGCCGCGCUCUCCUACCUCCCCCUCUGCGCCCAAGUCCGAGACAAGGUCACGAACCUCUAGUGCCGCCAGACCGCCGUCUGUGAGCCACGCGCUACCCCCGCCGGGCGGCGACUACGACGCUGACGCCGACGGUGAUGAGGAUGACGAGGAUGCGGGCUUCGGCGACGACUUUGACGAUUUCGAGGAGGGGGACGAGGACGCGGAGUUUGGGGACUUCGACGACGGGUUCCAGGAGGCGGGUGCACAACCUGUACAGUCUUUACCGCAGAUAGCUUCUUUAUCCCUCCCCCCCCUCUCCUUCGACACCCUCGACUCCCCCGCCGAAGUCCACGCCGCCACAACCCCCUACUUAGACACUCUCUUCCCCCCCUCUCCCCCCGCGGUCACCACCGCCCCACCAACCUCCCUCUUCCCCACCCCCCGCUCCGCUUCCCUCUGGGCCCAACUCAGCGCCCCUCCCCCUCUCAACCCACCAAACUGGCUACGCUCUCGCAUCCGGCGUCUCUUCCUCGUUUCGCUAGGUGUGCCGAUCGACUUGGAUGAAAUCCUCCCAGCGAGCAAGCAAGCGAAACUCAUCCUCCCAUCCACCGCCUCCCCACGCACCUCCUCCGACGCGCGACUCGGGUCAGUGGCCAGGUUACAGGGUGACAGCAACGGGAGUUCCGCCUCCGUCGACUCCUCUGGGAAAUCGAAGAGGCGGCGCGGGCCGCCGCCAGCGCCGGCGCUGGAUCUGGGGGCCGCGAGGAGGUUGUGUAGUACGACUGAUGAAGCGCUAACGGGGCUGAGGGAUGCGGAGCUGAAGGAGCAUGUUGAGGUGUUGGAGGGGUUGAGGGGGGCGGCGGAGGGGGUGCUGGAGUAUUGGACGAGGAGGACGGAUGAGAAGUUGGGGGAUAGGGAGGCGUUUGAGGGGGUGAUUGAGAAUUUGGUGCAGCAUGCUAGGAAGGUUAGGAAAUAGGGGGUGUGGUGUAGGUGCUGUAGGUUGUGAGGGUGGUGGGGUUAGCUGGGCUAUCUCUGCGCUGGAUGGGGUGGUGGGAAGGAGUUGUACGAUGGAGGUGCAUGGCGGGAGUUUUUGUUUUUCUUUAUAUCCUGUACAUGAGAGCGGCGUUAGGGAUACCAGAGGAGACAAGAGUUAAUACAACACUCCCGAUUGCAAAUACAAUUUUCUGGCUCUUAGAUUGCUUGCUCUCGUGCCUUCUACGUGCUGUCAUGCUGUCGUAUCUUCUACGAGCUAUGUCGUCUCGUACACCAGGAUUCAUGGAGUCUCUGAGUUGCAAAUGAUUAUAUAUUUCUAACUCAUACCAUUGAUUAACCCCCUGAUAUAUGCCGUAGCUUCUACAAAUCAUCUAUAUCUACGUGUCAUCCGUAUCUUCUACAAAUCGUCUAUGCCUUCUACGAGCCACUCACGCCUCCUACGUGCCAUCCACACUAUAUCCUCCAUAAAGAACCAUAUCCCUACCCCAUACCCGCACCCACCUCGGCGUCAACCAUUUCUCAUUCGAGAUGCUACGAGGGGUAUAGCAGAGUAAACUAGGGUAGAGUAGAGUAGAAUAGAGUAAUGCCCCAGCCUCUCUUAUAGCGGAAGCCCAUAGAACACGACGGCAACGAUUUCUAAUUCCAGACAUUACUCACAGCAAAGUAGAGUAGACUAGCCCCGCCAGCCCCCCCCCUCCUCUGGCG